CGUUCCCCACCCGGAUGAGAAGUCCAUCAUCACAUACGUCUCCUCUCUGUACGACGCCAUGCCCCGAGUGCCAGACGUCCAGGACGGAGUCAGAGCCAACGAGCUGGAGCUGCGCUGGCAGGAGUUCUACGAGCUGGUGACUCUGCUGCUGCAGUGGAUCAGACACCACAUCCUGGUGUUUGAGGAGAGGAAGUUCCCCUCCAGCUACGAGGAGAUCGAGGUUCUGUGGCGCCAGUUCCUGAAAUUUAAGGAGACGGAGCUGCCGGCCAAAGAGGCGGACAAGAACCGCUCUAAACACAUCUUCCAGUCCUUUGAGGGCGCCGUCCAGGCCGGCCAGGUCAAGGUUCCCCCCGGCUACCACCCGCUGGACGUGGAGAAGGAGUGGGGCCGCCUGCACGUUGCCAUCCUGGAGAGGGAGCGCCUCCUGAGGGCCGAGUUUGAGAGGGUGGCUGAAAGCAGAACGUUGGUCCACAAACUGAUCCUCAGAUUAAAAUGAUUCUGAGAGCGAGCGCUGACCUCUGGCUUCUGGUCUGUGGCAGGACAUGAGGACGAUGAGCUCUGGGAAACCGGCUCAGCACGCCGGGGAGGUGGAGGCCGACCUGGAGAAAGCCGACGGGAUGAUCCGCCUCCUCUUCAACGACGUGCAGCUGCUGAAGGACGGGCGCCACCUGCAGGCCGAGCAGAUGUACCGCAGAGUGUAUCGGCUCCACGAGCGAUUGGUCAACCUGCGCAGCGAGUACAGCCUGAGGCUGAGGGCGGGCGUGGCCGCCUCCCAGGGCUCCCUGACCCAGGUCCAGAUCCCCCUGACCCAGGUCCAGGGGUCUGUGACGCAGGUCCACAGCGCCCAGGUCCUGCAGCAGUCCUCCUCCAGGGCCCGGCCGGAGCUGGACGAGGUCACCCUGCGCUACGUGCAGGAGCUGAUGGGCUGGGUGGAGGAGAACCAGCGGCGGGUGGACGGGGGGGACUGGGGCUCCGACCUGCCCACCGUGGAGUCCCAGCUGGGCAGCCACAGGGGGCUGCACCAGUCCGUGGAGGAGUUCCACUCCAAGAUCGAGAGGGCCAAGGCCGACGAGAGCCAGAUUUCCCCCGUCAGCAAGGCGGCGUAUCGCGAGUACCUGGCAAAGCUGGAGCUGCAGUACGCCAAGCUGCUGAGCGCCUCAAAGGCGCGACUACGCCACCUGGUGGAGCUGCACGCCUUCGUCAGCGCCGCCACCAAAGAGCUGAUGUGGCUGAACGAGAAGGAGGAGGAGGAGGUCGGCUACGACUGGAGCGACAAGAACCCCAACAUGGCCUCCAAGAAGGACAGCUACUCGGGUCUGAUGAGGGAGCUGGAGCUCAGGGAGAAGAAGAUGAACGGCGUCCAGACCAGCGGAGACAAGCUGCUGAGGGACGGCCACCCGGCCAAGAAGACCAUCGAGUUCUUCUCAGACCUGAAGGAAUCGGAGGAGAAGCUGCAGAGGAUGCAGGAGGCCAUGAAGAAGAAGUACAGCUGCGACCGCUCGGCCACCGUCACCCGGCUGGAGGACCUGCUGCAGGACGCAGCGGAGGACCAGGAGCAGCUGGGGGAGUUCCAGACCCACCUGGAGGGCCUGAAGCGGCGGGCCCGGACCGUGGUCCAGCUGAGGCCCCGCGACCCGGCCAGCGCCCUGAGGGGCCGGCAGCCCGUCCAGGCCGUCUGCGACUUCAAGCAGCAGGAGAGCGCCGGCGGCGGCGAGGCGGCGGUGCCCUCCGUCUGCUUCCUGGUUCCGCCGCCCAAUAAGGACGCGAAGCUGACGCUGGACCUGAGGAGCCUGCUGUCCCACCAGCUCCUCAUGAGGGACGUCCACACCAUCAGCGGCUGGAGUGUCGCCACGUUUAAGAGCUUCCGGGUGGAGGAGCACCGGUUGGCCCUGCGGAGCCUGGAGCAGCACUACCAGGACUUCCUGAGAGACAGCCAGGACUCGCAGAGCUUUGGGGCCGAGGACCGGCUGCAGGUGGAGUCCAGCUACCAGCGGGCCAGCCAGCACUACCAGGCCAUGGCCAGCUCUACCGAGCGAGGAGAGCAGGACGAGUCUGUGUGUAAGAGCUUCCUGACCCAGCUGAGGGACAUCCGUCUGAGGCUGGAGGGCUGCGAGACCCGAACGGUGACCCGUCUGCGGCAGCCGAAAGUCCAGUCGGAGCUGGAGGGCCUGAAGAAAGACCUGAGCUCCAUCGCCGAGCAGACGGAGGAGGUCCUGGCGUCCCCCCAGCUGUCGGGCUCAGCCCCGGCGCUGCGCUCCGAGCUGGACCUCACUCUGAAGAAGAUGGACCACGUCUACGGCCUCUCCUCAGUCUACCUGGACAAGCUGAAGACCAUCGACGUGGUGAUCCGAAACACCAAAGACGCCGAGGAGGCGCUGCAGGGCUACGAGGACCGUCUGCGCGGCGUCAGCAAGGUGCCGGCGGACGAGGAGGAGCUGGAGGCUCGCCGCAGCCAGCUGCAGGCGGCCUUCGACCGGCUGCAGGACGAGCUGCAGAGGGCUUCGUCCGUCACGGAGCGGAUGGCGCGGCUGCACGGCGAGCGCGACGCGGAGCUGGAGCACCACCGGCGGCUGGCGUCCGGCCUGCUGGAGCGCUGGCGGGCGGUCCGGGCGCAGCUGGACCUGCGGCUGCGAGAGCUGGAGCUGCUGGGCCGCGCCAUGGCGCGCUACCGCGAGCGUCACGGCCGGCUGCAGAGCUGGCUGGGAGACGCACGGCGGCGCCAGGAGCAGAUCCAGGCGGCGCCCAUCGGCCACGGCCGGGCUCUGAGGGAGCAGCUGGCCGAGGAGAAGAAACUCCUGGAGGAGAUCGAGAAAAACAAGGACGACGUGGAAAGCUGCCAGAAGGACGCCAAAGCGUACAUCGACUCGGUGAAGGACUACGAGGUCCUGAUCCUGACCUACAAAGCCCUCCAGGACCCGGCGGCCUCGCCACUCAAAAAGCCCAAAGUGGAGUGUGCGUCUGAUGACAUCAUCCAGGAAUUCAUCCGGUUCAUCAGCAGCUGGCAGAGCCGCCUGGAGGAGGACCAGAAAGCUUCUGAGAAGCUAAAGGAAGAGGAGAGGAGGAGGAUGGCAGAGAUGGAGGCGGAGCUGGACAAACAGAAACAGCUGGCCGAGGCUCAGGCAGAGUCCGUGGCCAAAGCGGAGCGGGAGGCCACGGAGCUGAAGCGGAGGAUGCAGCAGGAGGCCGACCGGAGGCAGGACGUGGCGGCGGACGCCCAGCAGCAGAAGCAGAACGUCCAGCAGGAGCUGCAGCAGCUGAAGAGUCUGUCCGAGCAGGAGAUCACCUCCAAGGGCCGGCAGCUGGAGGAGGCGCUGCUCAGCCGCUCCCGCAUCGAGGAGGAGAUCCUCACCGUGCGCCUGCAGCUGGAGACCACCCAGAGGCAGAAGAGCACGGCCGAGGGCGAGCUGGCGGCGCUCCGGGAGCGGGCGGCCGAGGCCGACGGGCUGAGGAGGGCCGCCCAGGAGGAGGCGGAGCGCCUCCGCCGGCAGGUGGGCGAGGAGACGCAGAGGAAGAAGAGCGCCGAGGAGGAGCUGAAGCGCCGCUCGGAGGCGGAGAAGGAGGCGGCCCGGCAGAAGCAGAGAGCCCUGGAGGAGCUGCAGAGGUUCAAGCUGCAGGCGGAGGAGGCCGAGCGGCGCCUGAAGCAGGCGGAGGAGGAGCGGGGCCGCCAGCUCAAGGUGGUGGAGGAGGUGUCCCAGAGGAGCGCCGCCAGCCAGCUGCAGAGCAGGAGCCGGGAGGAGGAGGCCUCUCAGCUGGAGCAGUCCCUGAGGAGGGAGCAGGGCGCCGUGCUGCAGCUGCAGGAGGAGGCGGAGCGGCUGCGCAGGCAGCAGGAGGAGGCCAGCAGGGCCCGGGAGGCGGCCCAGAGGGAGCUGGAGACCUGGAGGCAGAAGGCCAACGAAGCCCUGCGCCUGCGGCUGCAGGCCGAGGAGGAGGCCCAGAAGAAGAGCCAGGCCCAGGAGGAGGCCGAGAGGCAGAAGGCCGAGGCCGAGCGCGACGCCAAGAGGAGGGCCAAGGCCGAGGAGGCCGCCCUGAGGCAGAAGGAGGCGGCCGAGCAGGAGCUGGACAAGCAGCGGAGGCUGGCGGAGCAGGUGGCCCAGCAGAAGCUGUCCGCCGAGCAGGAGUGCGUCCGGCUGAGGGCCGACUUCGAGCACGCCGAGCAGCAGAGGCAGCUGCUGGACGGCGAGCUGCAGCGGCUGAAGCAGGAGGUGAGCGGCGCCCAGAGCCAGCGGACGCAGCUGGAGGCCGAGCUGGCCCGGCUGCGCGCCGAGAUGGAGGCCCUGCUGCAGAUGAAGGCCCAGGCCGAGCGGGACACGCUGUCCCAGACGGAGAAGAGCAAGCAGCUGCUGGAGUCCGAGGCCCAGAGGAUGAAGCAGCUGGCCGAGGAGGCCGCCCGGCUCCGAGCCGUGGCCGAGGAGGCCAAGAAGCAGAGGCAGACGGCCGAGGAGGAGGCCGCCCGGCAGAGGGCCCAAGCCGAGGGCAUCCUGAAGGACAAGCUGGCCGCCAUCAACGAGGCCACGCGGCUGAAGACCGAGGCUGAGAUCGCCCUCAAAGCCAAAGAGGCCGAGAACGAGAGGCUCAAGAGGAAGGCCGAGGAGGAGGCCUAUCAGAGGAAGCUGCUGGAGGACCAGGCUGCCCAGCACAAGCUGGAGAUCCAGGAGAAAAUCACCCACCUGAAGAGCUCCUCCGACUCGGAGCUGGAGAGGCAGAGGAGCAUGGUGGAGGAGACCCUGAAGCAGAAGAAGGUGGUGGAGGAGGAGAUCCACAUCAUCAGGCUCAGCUUUGACAAGGCGUCCAAGGAGAAGUCCGACCUGGAGGCGGAGCUGAAGAAGCUGAAGGGCGUGGCCGACGACACGCAAAAGAGCAAGCUGAAGGCCGAGAAGGAGGCCGAGAAGCUGAAGAAGCUGGCCGCCGAGGAGGAGAAGAAGAGGAAGGAGGCCGAGGAGAAGGUGAAGAGGAUAGCCGCCGCCGAGGAGGAGGCGGCCCGCCAGUGCCGAGCGGCUAAAGACGAGGUGGAGCGGCUCAAGAAGAAGGCCGCCGACGCCAACAAGCAGAGGGAGAAGGCCGAGAAGGAGGCGGAGAGGCAGGAGGUGCUGGCCCGGGAGGCGGCCCAGAAGCUGGGCGCCGCCGAACAGAAGGCCCAGGACGCCCUGAGCAGGAACAAGGAGGACACCCGGGCCCAGGACAAGCUGAGGGACGAGUUCAGGGCGGCCCAGGCCCUGGCCGAGGCGGCGCAGAAGGCCCGGGACAAGGCCGAGAAGGAGGCGGCGCUGCUGCGGAAGGAGGCCCAGGAGGCCGAUGGCCAGCGGCGGGCCGCCGAGGGGGAGGCCGCGCGGCAGGCGGCGGCCCAGGCGGACGCCGAGAGGCUGAGGAAGGAGGCCGAACAGGAGGCGUCCAAACGGGCCGCCGCCGAGGCCGCCGCCCUGAAGCAGAAGCAGCAGGCGGACGCGGAGAUGGCCCGGCACAAGGAGCGGGCGGAGCAGGCCCUGGGGCAGAAGGCCCAGGUGGAGGCGGAGCUGGGCCAGGUGCGGCUGCAGCUGCAGCAGGCCGAGCAGACGCGGGUGCUGCUGGACGAGGAGCUGCGGCGGCUGAAGGGCGAGGCGCAGGACGCCGCGCGGCAGCGGGCGCAAGUCCAGGAGGAGCUGGCCCAGGUCCGGGCCCAGAUGGAGCAGCUGCUGCAAACCAAGCUGAGGACGGAGGAGGAGAACCGGCGCCUCAUGCAGAAGGACAAAGACAGCGCCCAGAAGCUGCUGCUGGACGAGGCCCAGAAGAUGAAGGCGCUGGCCGAGGAGGCGGCCCGGCUCAGCCUGGAGGCCGAGCAGGCGGCCCGCCAGAGGCAGGCGGCCGAGGCGGACCUGGCCCAGCAGAGGGCGCUGGCCGAGGGGAUGCUGAAGGAGAAGAUGCAGGCCAUCCAGGAGGCGGCCGGGCUGCGGGCCGAGGCCGAGCAGCUCCAGAAGCUGAAGGAGCAGGCCCAGGAGAAGGCCAAGAAGCUGCAGGAGGACAAGCAGCAGAUCCAGAAGCGCCUGGACAAGGAGACGGAGGGCUUUCAGAAGUCGCUGGAGGCGGAGCGGAAGAGGCAGCUGGAGGCCUCCGCCGAGGCAGAGAGGCUGAGGCUGAAGGUGAAGGAGCUCAGCGAGGCCCAGGCCAAAGCCCAGGAGGAGGCAAAGAGAUUCAAGCAGCAGGCCGAGGAGGCCCGGGCUCGCCUGCAGGCCACAGAGAAGCAGAGCUCGGAGGUGGUGGUCCAGAAGCUGGAGACGCAGAGGCUGCAGAGCACCAGGGAGGCCGACGACUUAAAGAAAGCCAUCAGCGAGCUGGAGAAGGAGAGAGAGAGGCUGAAAAGGGAUGCAGAGGAGCUCCAGAAGAAGUCCAAACAGAUGGCGAAUGCCCAGCAGGAGCAGAUAGAACAGGAGAAGGCCAAGCUUCAGCAGUCUUUCCUCACUGAGAAAGAGCUGUUGCUCCAAAGGGAGAAGGCUGUUGAAGAUGAGAGAAAAAGGCUCGAGAAGCAGUUCGAAGAUGAAGUCCGAAAGGCCAAAGGUCUGAAGGGGGAGCAGGAGCGGCAGCGAAAGCUCGCCGAGGAGGAGAGGCAGAGGCUGCAGGCCGUGAUGGACGAGGCGGUGAAGAGGCAGAAAGCGGCCGAGGAGGAGGUGAAGAGCAAGCAGAAGGAGGUGGAGGCGCUGAAAGAGAAGCGCCUGGAGCAGGAAAAGCUCCUGGAGGAGGAGAACAAAAAGCUCAGGGACAAGCUGCAGAGCCUGGAGGCCUCAAAGCAGCUCGCCUCCCGGACCAAGGAGAUCGAAGUCCAGACCGAGGAGGCCACGGCGGCGAAGGUCCUGAACGGCGGCGUGGAGUCGGCAGCCGGCGGGAAGAAGGCCGAGGCACCGGCGCUCGCCUUCGAUGGGAUCAGAGAGAAGGUCCCCGCCGAGAGGCUUCACGAAGUCGGCGUCCUGACCAAGAAGGAGCUGGACAGGCUGAGGAAGGGCAAGGCCUCCAUCCAGGAGCUGGAGAAGGCCGACAAGGUCCGGUGGUGCCUGAAGGGCCAGAACUGCGUGGGAGGAGUUCUGGCUCCGUCCAAAGGGAGGAUGAGCGUCUAUCAGGCCAUGAAGGAGAAGGCGCUCGCCCCCAGCUCGGCCGCCAUGCUCCUGGAAGCUCAGGCCGCCUCAGGCUUCAUCGUCGAUCCCCUCAGAAACAGACUUCUCUCCGUGGACGAGGCAGUUAAGGAGCAGCUGAUCGGACCCGAGCUCCACGACAGGAUGCUGUCGGCCGAACGGGCAGCCACCGGCUUCAAGGAUCCGUACACCGGAGCCAAGAUCUCUCUGUUUGAGGCCAUGAACAAGGGGCUCGUCGAGAAGGAGCAGGCCACCAAAUUCUUGGACGUGCAGCUGGCGACCGGUGGCAUCGUGGACCCCGUCAACAGCCACCGAGUCCCACUUCAGACGGCCUACAAGCAGGGGCUGUUCGACGCAGACACGAACCAGAAACUGACGGAUCCCAGCGAGGACUGCAAACUAUUCAUGGACCCCAGCACCCAGCAGCAGCUCACCUACAAACAGCUGCUGGACAAAUGCAGCAAGGACCCAGAGACCGGCCUGCUCAUGCUGCCAGUGACCGAAAAGGCUGCCCAAAGCGACAGGACCUACACAGACCUGGAGACCAGGGAGGUCUUCAGCAAGUCCAACGUCGAUGUUCCUUUCGGGAAGUUCAAAGGGAAGACGGUCACCAUCUGGGAGGUCAUAAACUCUGAAUACUUCACCGAUGAGCAGAGAAGGGAGCUCAUCCGCCAGUACAAGACGGGGAAGAUCACAGUGGAAAAGAUCAUCAAGAUCGUCAUCACCGUCGUGGAAGACAAGGAGAAGCAAAGCGGCAACGUUUUCAAUGGCCUGCGGGCUCCCGUCUCCGCCAGCGAGCUGCUGGAGUCCAAGAUCAUCAACAAGGAUCUGUUCAACAAGCUGAGCAACGGGCAGAUCUCGGUGAAGGAGGUCUCCGAGAUGGAGUCUGUAAAGAAGGCCCUGCAGGGGUCGCCCAGCAUCGCCGGGCUCCUGAACGAAGCCACCAAGGAGAAAAUGCCUUUCUACCAAGCCAUGAAGAAGGAGCUGCUCUCUCCAGAGACGGCGCUGAAUCUCCUCGAGGCUCAAGCGGCGACAGGGUUCAUGAUCGACCCACUGAAAAACGAGCGGGUUCCCGUCGACGAAGCCGUGAAGUCAGGACUAGUCGGCCCAGAGCUGCACGAGCGGCUCCUGUCGGCUGAGAGAGCCGUUGGCGGCUACAGCGAUCCCUACACUGGGAAAAAGGUGUCUCUUUUUGAAGCCAUGGGCAAAGGCCUUGUGAAAAGAGACCAGGGCCUGAGGCUGCUGGAGGCCCAGCUCGCCACCGGUGGAGUCAUAGACCCCCUGAAAAGCUGCCGUAUCCCACAGGAGGUGGCGUGCAAGCGCGGGUACUUUGACGAGGAACUCGGCAAGACCUUAAACAAAAACACAGAUGAAACAAAAGUGUUUUACGAUCCCAACUCACAGGAGGAUGCGACCUAUGCACAGCUCAUGAAAAAGUGCGUCAAAGACGGAGACACCGGGCUGCCGUUGCUCCCCCUUUCAAAGAAGACCCCAAAACGUAAAGAGGAAAAACAGAUUACAGAGGCCAAAACAAAAGAGGCUCUGAACCAGUCCACCAUGGAGCUGGACUACGGACCCUUCAAAGGCAGAAAAGUCACAAUUUGGGAGAUCAUACACUCUGAAUACAUCACUGAAGAACAAAGAAUAGAGCUGAUUCGGCAAUACAGGACAGGGCAGGUCACCAUCGAACGUUUGAUAAAGAUAGUGAUCACAAUGGUGGAUGAAAAAGAGGACAAAGAAAAGGAAGAAGCCUGCUUUGAAGGCCUCAGGGCACCAGUCACAGCCAGCUCUUUGCUCGAUUCCAACAUCAUUGACAAAGCGUUAUUUGAUCAGCUCCAGCAGGGUAAAAAGACCCCCAAGGAGGUCUGUCAAGAUGCAAAGGUCAGGAAGUACCUGCAGGGCACUGACCGCAUUGACGGCGUCACCAUGCGAGACUCAAAUGAAAAGUUCAGCAUAUACCAAGCGAUGAAAAACAACAUCCUGCAGCAUAAAACUGGACUUGCACUCCUGGAGGCUCAGGCCGGAACCGGCUUUAUCACCGAUCCUGUCAAAAACGAGAAAUACUCUGUAGACGAUGCCGUGAAGGUGGGAGUCGUCGGCCCCGAGCUGCACGAGAAGCUCCUGAUGGCCGAGAAAGCAGUGACGGGAUACAAAGACCCAUACACGGGAGGCAGGAUUUCUCUGUUCCAGGCCAUGAAGAAGGAGCUGGUGCUUAGGGAGCAUGCCAUUCCUCUCCUGGAAGCCCAGUUUGCGACGGGAGGCAUCAUCGAUCCCGUCAGCAGCCACCGCGUUCCCAACGACGUGGCCAUUCAGCGGGGAUUCCUAAGCAAACAGAUGUCCAAAUCCUUCAACGAGCCCUCUGGUGAUGUCAAAGGUUUCACCGACCCCAACACCAACGAGGGGGCUACCUACAAACAGCUGCUGGGGAGCUGCAGCAGAGAUCCCAACACCGGGCUCUGCUACCUGCCUCUGUCCAAGGUCGAAGCUCCUGCUGAGAUAUCCUAUGAGUUCACAGAGGAGCAAGCCCAAAAAGAUCUGUCCAACACUCAGAUUGAGGUCCCGCACAAGAGCUUUGCAGGCAAGAGCAUGAGCAUCUGGGAGAUCAUGAACUCCAACAUGCUUCCAGAGGAGGAGAGGCGCCGCCUCAUGGAGCAGUAUCGCUUAGGGCAAAUCUCAAAGGACCGAAUGCUGAUCAUCAUCAUUGAAAUAAUUGAACAUAGGGAGAGCCUUAAGUCAGAGCAGAGUAUGUCCUGCGACGUCAUCAGGAGAAGAGUCACUAUUGAGGAGCUGUACAGUGCUCGAAUCCUUGACCUGCACACAUACAACCUCCUCAAACAGGAGAAGAUGAACAUCCGCGAGGUGAUGGAAAUGCCAUCGGUCAAGCAGUUCCUCUUCGGCACAGGCUGCAUUGCUGGAAUCAUGUCGGACAGUCCUCCAAAGAUCAGCAUAUACCAGGCUAUGAAGAACGGGAAGAUAAAGCCUGAGGUGGCUUUGACGCUCCUGGAGGCCCAGGCAGCAACCGGAUUUAUGAUCGAUCCAGUCAAAGACGAGCUCCUGACUGUCGAUGAAGCUGUUCGCAAGGGUCUGGUGGGCCCCGAGCUCCACGACAAGCUUCUUUCUGCCGAACGAGCCGUCACAGGAUACAAGGACCCCUACAGCGGGAAGGUGAUCUCUCUCUUCCAGGCGAUGAAAAAGGGCCUGAUUCCUGAGGACUACGCUUUGAGGCUUCUGGAGGCCCAGAAUGCCACAGGAGGCCUGAUGGACCCCGAAUACUACUUCCACCUGCCCACAGAUGUCGCCAUGCAGCGCGGGUACAUCAACAAGGAGACCCUCGAUAGAAUAACUGAGCCCACCGCAGAUGUGCGUGGUUACACCGAUCCGACCACCGAUGACAGCCAGUCCUACGCCCAGCUGCUGAAGAGAUGCAGGGUGGACAAAGAGAGCGGCCUCCGGUUGCUUUCGCUGGCAGACCGAAGACUUCUCUUCAAGGGCCUCAGAAAACAAAUCACGGUGGACGAGCUGCUUCGGUCUCAGAUCAUCGACCAAAAGACCUAUAACGACCUCACCGAGGGGAUCUUGUCUGUGGAGGAGGUCAGCAGGAGCGUGAAAAAGUACCUCGAGGGCACCAGCUGCAUCGCCGGUGUGUAUGUGGAAUCCAGCAAAGACCGCCUGUCGAUUUACCAAGCGAUGAAAAGGAACAUGAUAAGACCAGGCACUGCGUUCGAGCUGCUGGAGGCUCAAGCCGCCACGGGUUACGUCAUCGACCCCAUAAAGAACCUGAAGCUGAACGUCUCAGAAGCGGUGAAAAUGAGCGUCGUCGGCCCGGAGUUUAAAGACAAACUGCUCUCAGCUGAGCGAGCCGUGACAGGCUACAGAGACCCUUAUUCGGGCAAGGUCAUCUCUCUUUUCCAGGCCAUGAAAAAGGGGCUCAUUCUGAAAGACCAUGGAAUACGUCUGCUGGAGGCCCAGAUCGCCACCGGUGGCAUAAUUGACCCAGAGGGGAGCCACCGACUCCCAGUGGAGACGGCCUAUGAACGCGGGCUCUUCGACCAGGAGAUGAACGAGAUCCUCACAGAUCCUUCGGACGACACAAAGGGCUUCUUCGACCCCAACACAGAGGAGAACCUUACAUACCUGCAGCUGAUGGAGAGGUGCAUGAUGGACCCGGAGACCGGCCUGCGUCUGCUGCUGCUCAAGGAGAAGAAGCGCGAGAGGAAGACUUCCUCCAAGUCUUCAGUCCGCAAGCGGAGGGUUGUCAUCGUCGACCCGGAGUCCGGCAAGGAGAUGUCGGUGUACGAGGCCUACCAGAAAGGGCUGAUCGACCACCAAACCUACCUGGAGCUCGCAGAGCAGGAGUGCGAGUGGGAGGAGAUCACAAUUACCUCAUCAGAUGGGGUCGUGAAGUCCAUGAUCAUCGACAGGAGGUCUGGACGGCAGUACGAUAUCGAUGACGCAAUCUCAAAGGGCCUAAUCGACAAGUCGGCCCUGGAUCAGUACCGAGCCGGGACCCUGUCCAUCACCGAGUUUGCAGACAUGCUGUCCGGGAACAUGAGCGGGAGCAGAUCCCGGUCCUCCUCCUUCGGCUCCUCCUCCUCCUACCCAAGUCCAAUACCGGCCAUAAAGACCCCACCAACCACAUGGAACGACCCAACAGAGGAGACGGGCCCUGUGGCCGGAAUCCUAGACACCGAGACCCUGGAGAAGGUGUCAGUCACGGAGGCCAUCCACAGAAACCUGGUGGACAACAUAACUGGGCAGAGGCUGCUGGAGGCCCAGGCCUGCACGGGCGGCAUCAUCGACCCCAACACUGGAGAGAAGUUCUCCAUCAACGACGCCAUGAACAAAGGGCUGGUGGACAAAAUUAUGGUGGAUCGCAUCAGCCUGUCCCAGAAGGCGUACAACGGAUUUGAGGAUCCGAGAACCAAAACCAAAAUGUCGGCGGCCCAGGCCCUGAAGAAGGGCUGGCUCUACUACGAGGCCGGCCAGCGGUUCCUGGAGGUCCAGUAUCUCACCGGCGGCCUCAUCGACCCAGAGUCCACCGGCAGGGUCUCCAUAGAUGAGGCUGUGAAGAAGGGCACCCUUGAUGCACGCACAGCUCAGAAGCUGCGAGACGUCAGCGCCUAUUCCAAGUACCUCACGUGCCCUAAAACCAAGCUCAAGAUCUCCUACAAGGACGCCAUGGAAAGGAGCAUGAUAGAGGAGGGAACCGGCCUGAGACUCCUGGAGGCCUCCUCCCAGUCCACCAAAGGCCUUUACAGCCCCUACAGCAUCAGCGGGUCCGGCUCGGCCACCGGAUCGCGGUCCGGAUCCAGGACGGGGUCCAGAUCAGGCUCCAGGAGGGGCAGCUUCGACGCCACGGGGUCGGCGAGCUUCACCACCACCUUCUCCUCCUCGUCCUCCUACGGCUCGCCGAGCUACAGCCGGCGGUACUGA